AUGGAGAGUGACCACGUCCCUUUAGCCUCACCUGUACUGUUGAUAUCUCAUUGGGAUGCUGGUGAAAUCAUCUGCUACCACCUCUUUCCCUUCUUCUGCAUCACCUUACAGGGAGAUCAGUCCCCACUGCUGCCUGCAGUGUUAACUCAGAAACGACAAAAGGCCACACACACACACACACACACACACGCUGUUCGCCUCGGCUUUAGGUUUGCCUGCACCACGGCGAGUCAGUCGCAGGGCAUUCAGCAGCUGCUGCAGGUGGAGAAGCGCGCCGCCGAGAAGGUGUCGGAGGCCCGCAAGCAGAAGAACCAGAGGCUGAAGCAGGCCAAAGAGGCAGCACAGGCUGAAAUUGAACAGUACCGCCUGCAGAGGGAGAAAGAGUUCAAGGCCAGGGAAGCUGCAGCUCUGGGAUCCCAUGGCAGUUGCAGCACUGAGGUGGAGAAGGAGACCCAGGAGAAGAUGACUAUCCUCCAGACCUACUUCCGGCAGAACAGAGAUGAUGUCCUGGAUGAUCUCCUGAGCUUUGUGUGUGACAUCUGGCCCGAAAUCUAUGAAAACUACCGCAUAAAUGGAUAG